CGUAUGCCAUGCACAGGUUCAGUCGAACUGGAGCUGUCCUACUGUUUAGGCCACUGAUUCGGAAAGUAGUUUCUAAAUUAUCUUUUAUAAAAAAUUUUUUAAAAAAUGAGAAACCUAAAAUUGUUGGUACCCAUCUCCCAGAUUGUUUGCCCUGCUCGCAUGCAGAGCGUUUCAAGGGUAAACGCUCUUUUGUUAAAUGUGCCAAGAGUCCAGAUCACAUCGGGAAAAAAUCAAUAUCUUUUAAUGGUGAUCCAUAUUCAUGGACAAACGAGAUUCGGCAGGACGAUCGUCCGUGGAGACACCGACAAAAGCCAUGAGGACAUUUUUGAGGAAACCAAGGAACAAAUGGAUGAGAUUGGCAUAUGCACCAAGUCCCUUGGAGGCGGGUUUAUAGAAAACACUGAGAAAAAGAAGUUGAUCCAGAUUUAUGGAUGCUGCAAGACGUUUGGGGAAGCGCCUCAUGGAAGGACCAAGGACAUCUUGCUUUCGUGGACCAAAUAUCAAAAUUAUAAUAUCCUCGUGCGCAAAUAAGAAUAAAGCUCUGUAACGACUUUUA